ACAAAUUUAUGUCAAUUUUAUUUCUGAUGAAACCUCAGAAGCAACGCAUCUUGCCCGCAUAUUGGAUGAAUGUAAGGAGAGCCUUUGUUAAAAGGUGGUCAGUGCACUCAAAAUAGUACAAGACAAGCCUUCCAAGAGACUUGGAUUCUGAUGAAGAGGAGCUGGGAGAUAGUUUGAUCUCCUAUAGAGAUGGUUUCUCCGUUUCGUGCUGUGAGGAUCUCCCCGCUGUUCACGGUUACUGUUCUGCUCGUCCACCUACAGACGAACACACACGUCCAUGGACUCCUCAAGGCUGCAGAGUAUGACUUCAUCAUUGUUGGUGGCGGUGCUGCGGGGUGUGUAUUGGCUAAACGCCUGUCGGAAAUUCCGGAUUGGAAUGUGCUGCUAAUAGAGGCGGGAGGAGAAGAGAACUUCAUACAGGAUAUCCCGCUCAUACCGUUUGUCUUGGAAUACACACCCGCAGACUGGAAAUAUAGGACAGAGAGGUCAAAUUCGUCUUGCUUUGGGUCGAAAUUUGGUCUCUGUCAUUGGCCUCGAGGAAGAGUUCUGGGUGGAACAACUGUUCUCAAUUAUAUGAUAUACUCCAGAGGCAUUCGCGCAGAUUAUGACGGGUGGGAGGCUCUAGGGAACACGGGAUGGGGGUACGAUGAUAUCUUGCCCUAUUUUCUGAAGUCCGAGCAGAUGACAAUCCCAUCAUUAGCCAAUGAUACCAAGUACCACUCCACCAAAGGAGAACUUGUAAUCACAUAUCCUAUUCAUCGCACAAAACUGGCGGAGGCGUUUGUUAAUGCGGGUCUCCAGAGAGGAUACAAUUACGUGGAUUACAAUGUAGACAGUGAAAUAGGCUACUCUUAUCUGCAGACCACAAUAAAAGACGCGAGGCGUUGGAGUGCUUAUCGUGCAUUCCUUGAGCCUGUAAGAAACAGAAAGAAUUUGCACGUCGCGACACACAGUCUGGUCACUAAAGUCCUUAUUGACGAGAAAACCCGGGUUGCUUACGGGGUAGAGUACAAAAAUGGGGAGUCACAACCCGUUCAAGCUCGAGCAAGGAAGGAAGUGAUCCUCAGUGCAGGAACAAUAAAUUCUCCACAGCUGCUCAUGUUGUCUGGGAUUGGUCCUAGGGAUCACCUCCAAGAUGUAGGGGUUAAAGUUAUCCAGGAUUCUAAGGUUGGUUACAAUCUUCAGGAUCACGUAACGCUUGGUAACCUGUACUUCACUCUCAACCAGUCGGUUGGUUUACGUCUCGAUAGGAUUGUUGACGACCUUGUGGGUGCGGCUGAGUACUUCUUGAAGCGGGACGGAAUUUUUACAAUUCCGGGAGGAACUGAAGCUCUUGGAUUUGAGAAUGUGGGAGAUUUUGUUAACGGCGAAGAGGAAGUCGAGUUGCUUCUCCUCGGAUCAACUGUACCUAAUUCAUAUAUAAGCUGGCAUUCUUGGGGGGCGAGAACGGAUAUUUUGUUUGAAUCUUAUUUGCCCCUGCAUAACAAAGAUGCGUUCACAAUUCUCCCCAUUCUUCUCCGACCCCACAGUCGUGGUAGGAUUUUACUGAAGAACAAGAAUCCUUGUACCCAUCCACUCAUUGAUGCCAACUAUUUCUCCGAUCGCAGGGAUAUUGAGAUCAUUAUUAAGGGCAUCAGAAGAGCGACCGAGUUGACGAAAACAGAUGCUUUGCAGAAGUAUGGCGCUGAACUCUACAGAAAGACCAUACUGCCAUGCAAAGACCACGAGUUCGACUCGGACGCUUUCUGGGAAUGUAACAUACGAUACAUGACUUUUACAAUAUUCCACCCUGUGGGGACCUGCAAAAUGGGCAAUGAUUCUGAUCCAGACGCAGUUGUGGAUCGUGCUUUGCGUGUGAGGGGAGUUAAACAGCUACGAGUGUCGGACGCUUCCAUCAUGCCAACUGUCCCAUCGGGCCACACAAUGGCGCCAGUUUACAUGAUAGCGGAGAAGACUGCAGACCUCAUUAAGACGGAUUGGUUAGGGCGAUAAGUUGACCUUCCCUUACGAAAUGGUGUAGGGUAUAUUUGUGCUUAAUAUUUUCAUAUGCCUAUUAAAUUCAUAUUAAUUACAUCUCGUAGGUUUUCGCUUCCUCAUAAUUCGUCUGAAUUUUAUAGUAAUUCGUUGUUUUCCUCAAUGUAGUGAAGAGGAAAUUCAUUACCAAAUACAUUUAUUUCAAAUUAUUGAUGUAAAUUCCAGUUUUGUUUAUGUAAUGGAAUAAAUAAUCAGGCUGUUUCCCGCGAGUUGAAUACGAAAAUCUGAGAGAGGCGGCCAAGUUCCUGAGGGGCAUGUUACUUGGUUUUCGUCUAUCAAUGUGAAAUGAGGCUUCGAGUUCGAGAAUGGAAGGUUCGUGGCUAACAACGGUUAACUAGUGGUCUAGACAGACUUCAUAUUAUUGAAUUCAUUGGUUGAUUAUUUAUAUACAUCAUAUUACGUCAUUAGCACCGUUACUGCCAGUAGAUUAAUUUCUUACUUACUUAAUCCUUUUCUAUUAUACCUUUACGAUACCGAGAUUGUUUUUUUUUUUCAUUUUGAUCAUUUUUCAGUCUGUAGGAUUCCUUGGACGACUGGUCAGCUCGUCAUAAGGCGUCUACCUAAAGAAAGGACUAAACAAACAUAGAUUAAACACACACAUACGAAACAUCCAUGCCUUUUUGUGAUUCGAACCCACGGUC